GUCAAUGUUAAAAAAUUAAAAAUAUCACUUGUCAUUUUCCAAAAUUAUUAAAAUAAAAUUUUACAUUGAAAUUUAUUAAAUUAAGUGAAGUUUUUUUUAGUAAAUCGUUAAUUACUACGAACCACAAUUGUAUGUUACCUAAUUAAUUAAUCGAAAAUGAAUGCAUAUCGCGAGCGACGUUAAAUUGGUACAAUGAACAGUGACCAAAGUCCUGGAAGCCCUAUAGACUUAAGUGACCGCGAACAGGCAGUCCUGAUGGAUCCUAUAGACCAUGCUCGAUCCCGGUAUCCAUAUUGCAUAGUGUGGACACCUAUACCAGUUCUAACGUGGAUUUUCCCAUUUUUGGGCCACAUGGGAAUAUGCAUGUCAAAUGGGGUGAUAAGAGACUUUGCAGGCCCAUAUUUUGUGUCGGAAGACCUCAUGGCAUUUGGAAACCCCACCAAGUACUGGCAGCUGUCUCCCCACAGAGCUAUAAAUGGGCAGGCGGGCUGGGAUGCUGCUGUUGCAGAGGCGUCAGAGAUAUACAAGAAAAGAAUGCACAUAAUAUUCUAUGACAACUGCCAUUCUCACGUAGCAACGGCCCUCAACAUCAUGAACUAUGGUGGCUGCAAGAACUGGAACAUGGUGAAACUGGCUCUCUAUAUGAUACCAUACUCACGAUAUGUCAGUUUUGGGGCAUUUCUGAAGACGUGGUUGCCAUUUUUCAUCAUAGUGGCGUUCAUUUGUGGGCUGGCAGCAGUUAUUUAAGGCCUAAAACAGGUGUCAUUGGCAAUGUGCAAGCAGGAUGUCACAAAGAAAUCGCAUGUGCGAGCUGUAAUACCACAGAACAUACACCAUCAUCAUCAACCCCUCGCCGGUCCAAUACUAAGCAUAAAUAUCCUCUCAGAAUGAGAAUUUAGGCCAUAGUCCAUCUCACUGAAUAAGUGCGGAUUGGCAGACUUCACACACCUUAUGGUCACACUUUCAGACAUGGAGAUUUACUCACUGUUUUCCUUUACCAUUAAAGCUUGUGAUAUUCAAUUGGGUAAAAUUCCGGAAAAUUAGAGGUAUUGCCUAUAGAACUCCCAACCUCCCGAAUAGCAAGUGAAUAUCAUAACCACCAGGCUAUCACAGCUUAGAAGACAGAUACACUUUCGCAUUCAUAAAUAAUGUUUGGUAUUAUAUUAUGAUUAUGAGUGAGAAUUACUGAAUGCUGAGAUACAAGUAUAUGAAUAGAAUUAUUUAUUGAUCAGUGACUUGCAACUCAUUUUAUGUAAAGAAUAUAUUGCUCAUAUUUAUAAUUUAAUAAUAAGUAUAUUGUAUUAAUAUUAUAUAACAUUGGUAUGUUGUUACUUAAUUGAUACAAUUUAUUAAAAUGCUUUAUAUAAUAAUCAUUUUAUACAGUGUAAAGAGAAAUAAAUUACAGUAAACACUAUGUUUUUGCAUAAGUUAAUUGGAGAAAUCAUUAUUUUUAUACUCUUGCCAUUUUUACAUUAUGUAAUAGAGUAAAAUGAUAGUUGCAAUUUAAUAUUUACUUUUACAUAAGUAAUUAAUGUAUCAAUAGGUAUAUAAUAAUUAAUAUCUUACCAUUUUCUUUGCUUGUGUCUGUGUCAACUAUGUAGUAAUAUAACAUGUACUUAGUACUUGAUAUAAAGUUUAUGAGUAUACCUAAUAUGUAACUUAUAAUAAUUAGUAGUAUGUUAUAUAGAGAAUGUUUUUAAGAAUGCUGUGUUCUUGGUAAAUGGAACAAAUCUGAGACUAAAUACUGACUGAUCAGACGGCAAGGAAUUUAUGAUAAAUUAUAGUGAUUAUAUAUUUUCAACUACGAUUUUGAACUAAAAAUUUUCACCUUGAGUCAGAACUGAUUUGAAAUUUAAAGUGCUCAAGGAUUGUAGAUAGAGUAUUUGCAACUAUGAUGUAUGAUCUUUUUAUUGUGAUAGACUCUAUAUUUCAAUAGAUUAUUUCCUUAUAAAUACUAGUGUAAAAUUUAUCAAUAUUAAAAACUAUUUGUAUGUCUAUUAAUGGAAUUUAAAAUAAAAUGUCCCAGUUAUAAGAAUAUAAUAGAAUUUUAUUUAAAAUCAUUAUAAUACAUAGACUUAUAAUAAUAAAUUAGAAUAUUGAUUUAAGUUGACAAAAACGAGCAUAGGAGAAAGCAGGUCACCUGAUGUUAAGUGUUUACCGCCGCCCAAUAUUAUCUUUAAUAUUAUAUUUAAUUUGUAAAUAAUAAUCAAUUUUACAUCAUAUUAUAAUGUGUUUUAAUUAAAAAUAGGAAUGAUUUUCCAAUAUAUUGACAUAUUAGCUGGAAAUAUUUUGAUUCUGCAUUAUCAGGUGAUAUACAUGUUUAUAUUAUAAUAAUAUUUUAUAGAUAUUAAUCAAUAUAAUAUAAUUCAAUAUUUUAAUAGACUUUGUAGUGUUAAAAUGUAAUUAUAAUAUUGUCGCUGUUUUGUAGAAAGGGUGAAGAAUAUAUUUAAAUUCUGUACACAGAAAAAUGUCUUAUUCGCCCUUUCUACAAACCAGCUGCAAUAUGGGAAAGUGAUAUUUGUCUUGCAAAAUGUAAUUUUCAAGUAACAAAUGACAAAGGAUGCCUUUUCUAUUCUUACUUUGAAUACAUUAUGCUGAUAGGUUCACGCCAGGUUGAGAUGGUAAGGCGGGGGGUAUGAGGCGAAUUAGCACUGUCAUAGUUAUGGUGUUGCAUGAUUCCACAUUUAUAGACGUUGCUCAUAGUGUUGUGUAUUGAAAAAUAUGACUUUAGAUGCCAGUUUGUCAUGAGUAAUAAUAAAAUUAUGAAUAAUCCAUUCUCAAACACGUGGACUAGCCGGUAAAGAAUUGAUUGUGACACUGAACAGAAAAAAAUUUGUUAUUAUGUUAUGUUGCGUUUAUUUAUACACUGGCAUCUUUCAGAAUAAAAUAUGAUUCAAAAUCUACAUAAGGACUACAUGAACAAUUGAAAUCUCUUUCACAAUUCAAAUCAAGUGUUCAUAGCGAUGUUAGUAUAAGUUCAUUUGAUUUUGAGUGUAAUAAAAUAUUACUAUAAAAAGGGCAGUAAUAAUUUUACUCUCAUUUUGUUGUGUACCAAUAAAAUUAUCGAUAUUGAUUACCCAGUAUGGGAUGUCAUCUUACUAGAAAAUUGCCAUCUUGACCUGUAGUGAACAAUUAUUUUUAUUUCAAACUAUAAUAAUAAUAAUAUUAUAAAACACUUCAAUGUAUUUAUCUUAUAACAUCUACAACAUUCCUUAUGUUAUUAAAAUAAUGUUUUCAAUAAUAAAAAUGUGUGUUGUAAAGUUUUUUCAUGUUUAAAAUUAGACAACAUUCUAAAUAGAAUAUUUGUCAUAAUGGUAAGUAGAUAAGGAGAAAAACACAGCUCAAACUACUGGGCCUAAAACUUGACAUUUCACAAUAUAUUAUAUUUCUUUUCUCUUAGUCCCCACUCAGAAAUGAUAUUGAGAAAUAAACGUUUACCCUCAUGGAGGUUGCAUGUUAUUUUUUCUCGACAGAUGCAUCAUGCAACAAUGGCAAACCCGCAAGCAACGUUUUAGAGCCAUUGACAAAAAUUGUAGUAACAAUUUGAAGAUGAAAACUGAAAUUUACAAGGAGUAUAAUUUUACAAAUCUACCUUUACAAUUUUUGAUUGUGUAUUUUCUUAUUGAAAAUUAAACUUGUGUGUUUUAUUUUGUAAUUUUUAUAAAUGUACAAUCAAAUUACUUGAAAUUUUAGUUAUUGCAUAAAUGGCACAUUACCAAAUUGAAACAUUUUUAUUUUAUCACAUUUUUAACCCAAAUAAUAAUAAUGGCCACUAUUGACUAUGAUUACUUUUCGCAUAAAAAGUUAAAACAUUUACUUACCUACAUUGUACAAUAUAAUAAGAAUUAUGUGAUCAAUAUAAUAAUACGUAAGGACUAAAUUACAUUUUUUGUUGCACAAUCAAUUUCAUUAAAUAACAACUACUUAAUUUAAUACAUAGAAAAGAAAAAGAAUACUUCUUAUUUUUUGUGUCAUCAUUAUCAACUUAAUACAGGUCUCAGAAUGAGUAGAGUUUAGGCCAUAAUCCAUCACUAAGUGACGAUUGGCACACUUUACACACCUUUGGGAAUAUUAUGGAGAACUCUCAUGCCAUGUAAGUUUAACUACAUAGGAUUAUACAGUAAAAGCUGGUAAAACCAAAAGUGAUAUUCACCAUUAAGUUACAAGCUACAAACUUUCAUUAAAAAAAUCUUAUAAAAAUGGCUUAUCUAGUGCCUAGUACACAGAAAUUGUAUCUGCUAGCUAUGUGUUUGCAUAUAUUCUUGCUGAUGAAAAUUUAAUAAAAUGUGUGCUAGUAAGUCUGAUUUUAGUUUA